AUGUUGAAAAGAUUCAUCGUCGCAUUCUACGUACUUCUCGUGUACACUGUUAAUACCGAAAAGCACGAAUAUGUGGUCAUCGAGGAUUAUCCGUACCACGUAUCGAUCCAGAUAGCCGGACGACAUGUUUGCAGCGGCGCAUUUAUACACGAAUCAUGGAUUAUGACCGUGGCAUCCUGUGUUUUCAGCGCGGAGUCAUCGACGGUAUCCGUGCGCGUACGUUCCUCUUAUAUUGCCAUGGAUGGCGAUGUAUUAGGGGUAGACAAUAUUGUGGUGCAUGAAAAUUUUGACAAGUAUGUAUACGGCAACGAUAUAGCGUUGAUAAAGCUAAAGAGUCCCGAAGAGUUUGGAGAAAAGUUGCUUCCUAUCGGGCUGCCGGAGAAGGGAAACGAAGAACUCCCGGACGAGACCGGUUGCGUUGUGACUGGCUGGAAACGAGCUCGGGGGACCAGCCCGAACGGAGCUCAGCUCGCGGCGGCCGCUGUGGCGAUCGUAAAUCAACGUACGUGCAAGGCGACGAUGCCGUACUACAAGCCGCUGUCUAAGGAUAUGUUGUGCGCCGCUAACGUGACCCACCCGUCGGAAAUGUGUCAGGGUGAUCUAGGCGCGCCUCUAGUAUCGUCGCGGAUGCUGAUUGGCAUUCUAUCCUACGGAUUAGGUUGCGAAACCAUGGCACAUCCAGGAGUCUAUACUCGUAUCAGCAGCUACUUACCUUGGAUCUUUACAAACACCGGUAUCUCUUACAAAUGAGGCAGAGAGAGAGGGAGAGAGAGGGAAUAUGCACGUCAAUUUUAAUUAAUUAUAUUUAACUUGUAACGCAUCAUGCUUUUCUUAAGUAAACCGAAUUCUGCAAAUUGCCAGAUACUAACUUUAAAACCUGCCAGAUCUCCGACGCUUAAUCUCUGAUAACGAAAUAUCUCCGGGCCGAUUUUAUCCUACCACAGCAGUUGCGAA